GUCUUUCAAGGUUAAGCUGUCAGCUGUUUCUGACGUUUGCCUAGAAUCUUUUGUUGAUGUUCAAGUGCAUCGCAUUGUGUAGAACUGCAUAAUAUAAUUAUUUAUGUUGUAUUUAUAACACACAAUAUAUAGUGCCCUUGUUUGAAAAUGGACAAAACGUUUAGCGUAGAAGAAAGUAAAUGAACCAGUGAAAUGGAGAGUACCUAUUGGAACUAUGUACCAUAUCCAGUUCUUUACAAAAUAUUCCAACAUUUAACUGCAAAAGAGUUAUUAAUUGCAGGUGAAGUCUGUAAACUGUGGUAUGAAACAAGUCGUGACAAUUUUCUCUGGAAAGAUCUGUUUUUCCAAAUUUUUUUAGUUGAUAGGUCAAUCCCUGUUUUACCAGGUAAUUCUUGGUAUGAGGAAUACAAAAGGCUGUGUUACAAUAUCCCUAUUGUACAGACAGAAAAUCUACAAGAUCAUGGAGAUCAAGUUUUACAUGUCAGUUUUUCACACAAUGGAAAGUAUUUUGCGACAUGUUCUAAAGAUGGAUAUGUAAUGGUAUGGAAAUCUAAAUACCCAGCAAAAAUAAAGUAUAUUCGAAAUAUGAAGUAUUUCAAAUGGAAAUAUACGCAGUAUUCUCAAUUCAAUGAAUCUGACACCUUGCUUCUGGUUUCUGGAGUUCAUUUUGGCACCACAAAUAGUACAUCAGGGGAAAUAGCUGUCUUCAGUCUGGAUGGAUUUGAGCUGCAAUGUAGAGUGGUAAACAAACCAUAUGAUAUCUUUGGAACAUGGUAUAGUGAUCAGUACCUAUUAUCUGGAGAUCUGCACUGGUUAGCUCAUUUGGUAAGCAGCUCUCAUUUGUGGUUGAACAAAGCUUCCCAGGAGGCUGAAUCUGAACUGGUACCCAUUACUCACUGCCUCUUUAGAUUUUAUAACAGGAAUGCCAGUUCCAUUAGGUCAAUAAUGAUAGCAAACUGCCUUCCAAAUUCUGAAAAUGUAGACAGCAAUACAGAUGGAAAUAAUUAUUUAGAUGUUCAAGAAGGUACUUCUAGUCAACGAGGAAACCCUUUAAGCCAUAAUGACAUCAAAUGGAUUCCAUGUCAAGACAACAAAAAAGCAACGUACAAUCCACAAUAUGAAACGGCAAAUAAGGAAUUUCCUCAUCCUAUAUGGUAUAAUGCUGACUAUCGUAAGGUAGAAACUGAAACGAAAAUGGAAGAAACAACAAAUAGUGACGAGGAUAUGGAUGUUGGCGAGAAACCAAUAGAAGAAUCUGAUGAUGAAGGAUCUGAUACGUCUUCUGAAACUGACAGAUGCGUGAGUAACGAUAAAUAUCUGAUUUUUACGACGGGUUUCAAAACCUACACACCGCAUCAAAUCGGCUUCAAAAGGAUAAAGCCAUUCAAAUUUCCAAAGACAAUAGACCCAGGACCUAGCCUCAAAGAAAGGAUAAUACUAUUUGAGCAGAGAAAAGAACAAAUGAAGUCAGGUAGUCCUCCGCCUGAUCCUGAUUGGUUAGACUUUGAACAGGUUGCUGAUAAGUUCGAUAAGAUCGAUCACUUGAUUGAUCUUCACGGACAUAUUGUUGGAAUGGGCUUAAGCCCUGACCAUAGGUAAAUCCUAAUUUGUACUAACUCGUUUGCUUUCGAGAACCUAUUGUAAUUAAUUAAAAAAAUCAGUGAGCACCUACAUCUCAACCAAAACUAUCAACCAUCUGUUAAACUCAAAAUUUGAACUUGAAGGUAAAUAAUAUGGAACUAGAAACUAUAAGCUUUUUUUAACCUGUUGGCCUCCAGUACAAACUAACAAUUAGUUUCUAUCAGGGACUGUCAUAUACAAACAUUAAUGUAAAUGACAGAUAUAAGGCUGUCCAACUACGUAUUAAAUUCAUCUGUUCUAUUAUAAAAAACCGUUUGCAGCUAUCACAAACUCAUAUCGGAAAUAACCCCGAGAUUCAGAGAUAAAGACAUCAAAAACGUUAGCUCACUGUCAACCAGGACCAAAUAGUAUUUCAGGGUGACAACCAGGAAUCGGAUGUUUUUAGAACGCAUAGUACGAAGCUUGAGGAGAUUAGAGUGGGCCAAGUGCGAUGUGACUACCCUUGUAGUAGUGGGCAAUUCCAUUAUUGAUAGAGCAGUGAACGUUAGAAAUGACGAGUCCACGAUCACCACAUAUCUCUGCCGCUGAGCUGGAAAAAAGAAGACUAGCGACGACCACGAGGAUAUCACUGUACACAGUACUCUGUAUCUACCUUGACGAACAAAACGCGUCCUAGCGCUCAUCCGGUUUCGAUGGAUGGCCUAGUUCUGCCUUAGAGCAGACCAUUUCGGCUGGUCGGAGUCCAGACCACCAAGGAUUUGAUCUGGCACGAACGCAUCUCGAGAUACUUUUUUUUCGCAUGACCAUCCCACUCUAUACAAGGCCCAGAUAAGGUCUAGCCUCGAGUACUGCUUACACGUUUGGAGUGCUGCCACCCCGACUACAUUAUUUAUGGUCGAUGCUGUCCGAAGGAGGGCUGUCCGACUAAUCGGCUGUCGGCGAUCUGGCUCUCUUCUACCGCUACACCAUCGGGCUUUGCUCCUCAGAGUUCUCUUCCAUGAUGCCGCCGCGCGAUGUGCCUGCCAGAACUGUCCCGACGGUGACCAGAUUGCGGAACAAUCUACAAGAGGAAGCUUCUCCCAGUUCUACUAACCUUAAGCAGUUCAAGGGAUACUCACAGCAGCCUCAGUGUUCCGGCAUUUAGGCUUCUGCGUGCGCGGCUACCUCGGUAUAUAAAAAAAACUCGGCGGCUUUUUCGCAAUCACUUUAAUAUUGGAAGACGUAAAGCUGUUACAUUUCGCAACACAGUCUUAAGAUGGGUGAAGAAUCUAAGAACAACAGGUAAUCUAAUGAACAAAAAGCAACCUGGUUCAAAAAGGACGGUAAGAACUCCUGAAAACGUAGGGCGAGUAAUAAAAGCGGUCGUCAGAAGUCCUACAUGCUUCGCCCGAAAAUAUGUAAUUGAACUAAAUAUGAAUCGGGAAUCGUUUAGAAAAAUUUUACCU